GUAACCUUUAUUUGAGGAAAAUCCAACACCGGUUCCCACGACCUCAUAAAACAUUGCUUGAACCAGAUUGGCGUGUAGUAUGGGAAUCAUGCGAUAUCUUCGCGAAGAAGAUCAAUUAUGUAGGGAAAUAACAAAACACCACAACUCCCCCCAUAAGAUUAUUUAUCUACUCUUUGCAAAAUUUUAAACGACCAGUUUGAGACACACCCCAACAGGUAUAUCUGCCACGGCUAAUCAAGGACACAGAAUUGAUUGUUCUGCAUCUCUUGAAAAUGGCCCUGUAUCUUUUCAUAGGGCCGGGAGUGGUACUCACGGCGGGUGUGGUAUUUCCAGUGGUUGGAGCAAUACUGAUGGCAUUACGGACAAGGUUAAAGAUCAAAACGUCGCAGAAACUUGGGAUUGAGGACUGGCUGGUUGUUCCCGCCUUGGUAUGUGCGAACGUCUACAUCCUUCAACAUCGGCACUAACUAUGCCCCACAGGCUCUCAUGGUUGGGAUGGGGAUAGCCACAAUCAUUGGUACGCAAAGCAGAGCUAUCAACCGAGUUUAACUAAGCUAAUUCGAAAAAGGAGUUUCCACAAAGUCCGUAGGCUAUCCUAUACCUCCAAAUUCGGAAAUAGCGUAUCACUCAGUGCGGCCUACAUACACUAGGACCAAAGCUGCUCAGGUAGAAUACCGUCCAGCUGAUAUGUGUGUGUGUUAACAAUUUUAGGUCUUCUGGAACAUAGAAUGGAUGCAACCUUUGGCUUUGGGAUGUAUAAAAUCAAGUUUCAUUUUUUUCUAUCGCAGGAUAUUCAAUGUCGGCCCCCACAAAAGCGUUUUCAACGUUCUCUCCAUUGUCGCCGUCGUGAUUAUGGUAAUCUGGAUGUUGGGAUUCUUCCUCGCAGUAAUGCUCAUAUGCCCUGGUAAUGUUCCGGCAUAUUGGGGACCUUCAGCUGGCAGAGCGAAGUUUUGCUGGCCGACCACGAAAUUCCUUUACACUUUGUGCUGGUCCGAUGUUGCGACAGAUUUGAUUGUUCUUGUGAUGCCUAUUCCAUCAGUAGGUUUCAACUACUUCUACUCGUUUAGUACCUUGCUAAUGGUCGUCACAGGUACUGAAGCUACGUUUGCCCACACGAAAAAGGUCGCACUUCUCGGCGUUUUUGCUGUUGGAGCGGUGUACGUUUUCUUGAUUUAAUUUAACUUUGCAUUGCUGACGUGUUAUAGAACUGUGGCCGCUUCUAUAGUCAGGGCGGUAUUUUACUUGAGACUUCUCAGCGGUAUGUUCGUUGCUGUGCUCAAAGAGUAAAUUAAUGAACUAACCUUGUCGCAGCCGAAAAGGUCAUUGCUAGUACCCUCGACCCGAACAGUAAGUGCAAAGUCAUAUUGCAUUUCGAAAUGAUCAUUGACCAUUGAUACUAGUGCUCAACACAAAUGGCAUAUAUUGGAUGCUCAUGGAGACUGGCUUGGCUUUGAUUGCUGUGAAUCUUCCUCUACUUUACGGCUCCGUGAAAGACGAGGGUGUAGAAUCAGUUGUUCGAUCCGUGCGGAGUUUUGCUUCUAUUGUUUCGACUAGCUCGCGAAGCAGUUCCAAGCAAAAUAAAAAGGAUGCUACUGCACACAAAGCCAGUGGAACCUUAGACGGGCGAGAAAGCAUUGAGCUGGUCCCAACCGCGUUUGUCGCGACGGCUAAAGCAGCACAAAGUGAGUCUUUAAGCAAUGUCGACGUAGAGACUAGCAACAUCAAGGUCACAAAGUCAUACAGCACUGAUCGAAGGGCAUGAGAAACGAGUGUCUACCUGGUUUGGAAAGCAAAGACAAGGAGUACUCGGCAACGAUGUUCUAUGUGUUAUAUAAGGCUUCAAAGCUCUAUAAUGCAAAUCUUCCCCAAGUCUGGUUCUCUAUUUUAUGUAAAUGUUUGAUCGUGGUCACUUAUUGUACUUCGCGCAUUUAUUUCAAAUUCUCCGAAGACACAGGAGGUUUGCACAUAUAUUACUGUAACUAAGCUGGAUCAGUCUGUUUUCGGUUUUUCCCCCACACCAACUGCGGCAGAUAAUGGAAUUCUGGUACCCCUAUCGUACUUUACCUCCAGAAACUUCUCCAUCUCGACCCUGACCUUGUCCAAAUCUCCCUUGAAGCUCCCUUGUCUGUCGACCGGCAUCGGAUUCCCACUCUCCCAGAAGAACUUCAAAAACCCCUCCUUUCCAACGUCAAAACCAAGAUGUACAACUUCGGUUUUCACAUUCAAGAACCCCGAUCUUUCCAGUCCCUUUUCCAAGUCCGCGCAACCAGUCCAUGCCUGGGGUGUUAAAAUC